AUGGAUCGCAGCGAUGAAAGCCCAGCUUCAGUUGUAGAUCAAGGACAGAACUCGACGAAUGCGCAUCAACCGGAGCCAAAAGCAUUGCCCAAAAACCGUCAGACGCAGGACUACGGCGCGAACAAGUCGGUGCAUCACAACUCUUUGCUGCACCCUAAAGGCAUCCACCGUAAACGCUCAUUGAGUGACGGUGCACAUCAACCUGAAAGCGGGCUCGAAGGAGGAGUGAAGCAAAACACUGAGUCCCAGCCAUCCUCGAAACCUGAUUUACGGAAGCUUACUCCACCACUUGGAAAGGCUAAGAGGGAAUACGUGGUAGCUACGCCUGGUGGAAACACCCAAGGAACUCCGUGGCCAGAAAGUGAAUGA